AUGGCUGCUACGGAAUCGGCCCUUCCGGAACCCAAUAACUUCCUCCCGAUUGACACUAGGAUCUCGGGGAAUACAUUCUCCGACCUACCCCAGCAUGACGAGGCGCUCGAUCUCAAAUUAAGUUCCCAAGAUUUGAAGGUCCAAGCUCAAGUGGCGGUGACGGAUAUUUCCUCAGGACAAAGCAGCGGGGAGGAAAAUGACCUUAGCCCGCUGGAUGCAGAGCCACUUCCCGCCGUUGAGUCGCCAUUAGUAUCGGAAACGAUCGAUCCUGAUCCUUUAGCGAAACCCCGGCUGACGCGGCAAGAUUCAGCCUGCUAUCUAGACGAGAAGGCUGGUGGUGCCGCGCCUGUCACCGACGACAUCGGACUUGGAAAGUUCGAGGACCAGUCUGAUACUGCUCCUGCCACCGAGGCCAUUCCUGAAAGCCCGACACCAAACGUGUCGGCGCUCAUAGUAGACCUCGGUGAUGUCUUGUGUAACUGGACCGCACCAGAAGCUCUGCCAGUAUCGCCGGCAAUGCUGCAUCGACUCCUCAAGACUCGCUUCUGGCAUGAAUACGACUCAGGUGUGAUCACUCAAGAAGAAUGCUACAGCCGUCUUGCGACACAGUAUGGCCUCUUGUUAUCUGAUGUGGCCGAAGCAUUUAAGCAGGCCGCGCAAUCUCUCAGUCCUGAUGAAGAGGUCUUUGGUAUGAUCCGAGGAUUGAAAGAGACUUAUCGGGGCACAUUGAAAAUCUAUCUCAUGUCAAACAUUCCCUUGCCUGAAUGGAAGGCCUUGGAAGGGGAUGCACGGUACGACUGGAGUUUGUUCGAUGGCUUCUUUAUCUCUGCUCAAGUGGGCAUGUGUAAGCCUGAGCUUGGAUUCUUCCGGCAUGUUCUUAACAAGAUCAAUGUGAAGCCGAAGGAUGUGGUAUUUGUGGACGAUAACGCGGAAAACAUCCUCGCGGCCAGGUCGCUUGGCAUCAGGUGCCUCAGAUACAAGGAUGCUUCCGGGUUGAGGCAAUUCAUCCACCACGUCUUCGAUGAUGGCGUCGACCGGGGACGAGAGUGGCUGCACAAGAACGCUAAGACCAUGUGGUGCGUUACUCCAGAAGGACGAGAAGUGAGAGACAAUUUUGCCCAGCUCUUCUUGUAUGAAGCUGCUGGUGAUUUAGAUCUUGUCUCGAUGACGUUCUAUGAGCGCACAUGGAAUUACUAUAUCGAAAAACCCAUCGAUACGGUGGAAAAGCACCCUGAUGACAUCGACACAACUUCGCUGGCGAUGAUCCUGCUGCCCCACGACCUCGGGAAAGCACAUUCUAUUCUCGACGAAGUCCUCCUGUACACGAACAGAGAUGGCAUUAUUCUAACAUAUUUUGACAACAAGCGGCCUCGUAUCGAUCCCGCCGUUUGCGUCAACGCUCUUCGCUUCUUUCACAAAUAUGGUCGGGAUGACUUGCCCGCGCUACAGCCCACAAAAGCCUGGGUUUCAGAUGUCCUCUUCUACCGAGCGUAUCUCGAUGGAACGUACUACUACCCCAGCGGAGACGUCUUCUUGUACCUUUUCAGUCGCCUCCUGGUCGCCAAUCCCGAGAGCGACAUAUAUCGCAGCACUUGGGCCCUCCUGCGCGAGCGACUGCAAGAACGAAUCGGGUCACCAGGAGAUUCGGUGGAGCUGGCCAUGCGAGUGAUUGCUUGUCUUGAUAUGGGCCUCAAGAAUGAAGUUGACCUGCGGAAGCUGGAGGCGUUGCAGGAGGUAGAUGGCGGGUGGCCGGUCGGCUGGCUCUGUCAAACGGGUAAAAUCAGUUUGAAGAUUGGCAGUCGAGGCGUGGCGACGGCGUUGGCGGUCAAGGCCAUCGAGACGGCGCGGAAGAGUGGGAAAUGA